UCCAACCUCACCUCUAUAAAGACCCGUCUCAAAACAACACGCGCGCUAAGUCGCCGCCCUCGGUACAUAACUUCAGUGAAGUGCAGUGACUAAAAGUCUAUGUGAAAUCAUGCCAUACGUUAAUAUGUGUAAUUUCGCGCGCAAAAUGAAAUAGUAAGAGUAAACGGUGGCCCCCGGCAUGAGGUCGGGGGAGGGCGAAGGCUCCGAGCUGGCGGAGUUCGGCGCGCGCUGGCCGCCGCCGUACACCGCCUACGGCUGGCGCUCCGCCACGCCGCAGCACCCGCCCGCCCACCAUCUCGCCAGGCAUUCGCGCUCGCAGCAGUGGUUGCAGGACAACCGCCACACGAGCUACGAGGCGGAAGAUGCCCGGGUACGAGCUAGAGGUGGGGUUUAUUAUUCCCCGCCGGGUACCUCAUACACUAUUGUGGAGCGACCGGCCUCCUCCCACGGGCACCAUCCGGCCUACUCACAUUAUCCAGGGAAGCUAUCCCGAACUCCAUAUGUUGGCUCUACAACGUUAGCGAAUAGUGCCGCAGGUGCAACAAGUUUACGAAAUAGUACAAGUCAUCUAUCUGCUACCAAUGGGAAGAAACGGCCGAUAUCGCCAGAGCAAGUGCUAAGGCUGUUUGGCCAAGGUGGUGCUGCUGCGUUGGGGAAGGCGCUGCCACCCUCACAUCCACCAGCACCACUACCGGUUCCUCUACCAGCACCUCUACCGACGCGGCGGCAUUCACCAGCAAGUAGUCCUAGCAGUACAACGCAUCACGCUAUCUAUCGAGGGGCUGAAAGAGAAAGGCCGUACUCGUCUGGAGGUGCGCCGGCGCCGCCGGCGGAGCCUGCAACCCGGACUGUUACCAUGAGUAGAGACCCUGCUGACUCACAUGGUUUUGGGAUAUGUGUCAAGGGUGGAAAGGAAGCUGGUGUUGGUGUGUACAUAUCUCGAGUUGAGGAGGGCUCUGUAGCAGAACGGGCAGGCCUUCGCCCCGGGGACUCCAUCUUGCAAGUCAAUGGGACCCCGUUCUCGGGAAUAUCACACGAAGAUGCUCUCAAAAUGCUUAAAUCGUGUCGUCAGCUAACAAUGAUGGUGCGAACAGCUGGAGCACUGGUGGGGAGGGCGUCCUGUUCUUGGAUGGACCGGUAUGGAAGACCAGCAUCCCCACCACCAUUGAAACCACCCCGGUCCGCUAGCAAAGACCGUUCGAUACGACGGGUGGACCUUUGCAUCGAACCAGGGCAGUCAUUGGGGCUUAUGAUUCGUGGAGGUUUGGAAUACAACCUUGGAAUCUAUAUCACUGGAGUUGACAAGGAUUCCGUUGCUGAUCGAGCAGGGCUUAUGGUUGGAGAUCAAAUACUAGAAGUGAACGGACAGUCGUUCGUUGACGUGACGCAUGAUGAAGCAGUCGCACAACUCAAAUACCACAAACGAAUGUCUCUUUUGGUCCGAGAUGUUGGCAAAGUGCCGCAUGCGUGCACGGCCUAUGGAGAGAGGGACGCGGCACCUAAAAUAAGCGGUUGGGGCCGUCGCAGAGGUGCAGCUGCAGUAGCAGUCGAGCAGAAAGCCAAAUCUCUGUUGCCUCAGAGCGAUCUCCCCGCGAUGGCGUAUUAUAUGGAGGAGUACGCUGCAAGGCGACUUACACCGGACUCCUUCUUGACAGUCCUAAGAGAUCUUCUAGAUACACCACAAAAGUAUUCACUUCUAACUGAAAUACGGGAGUUCCUCUUACCAGAAGAUCGACCGAGGUUUGAUGAAUUGGUUUACAGAAGAGAUGAACCACCACCCGAGCACCAUUUAAAGCGCGGCGGCGAAAGACACUUACUCCCUUCAUCAACAAUGCAUGAUCUACACGACCCGCAGGUGCCGUCUGAAGUACCUCUAAUGGUGGACCACCGCUCGCCCUCUGAAGACUCCGGCUUGGGUCUUCCGCCCCACGAAUCUUACAGGAGCGGCCGUGCCUGGAGGGCCACAGAUGCGCCACCUUUGGAAGACGACCUGGAGCCUCCACACGAGGAGUACGAGGAGGAAGGGCGGCAUUCGAGGCGACACUCGUCACCAUGUAACUCAAGAGAAGGUAGCACCACGGCGCUACACACACAACACUAUGAUGAUGCUGACCAGCGCGGCUACCUCGAAGGUCUGCGCUCAUCACUCGGUGGCUGGACGCAGAAAGUUAAGUCAUGGUACUGGGGACGACCUCUAGAAUUAGCACACAAAUUGUCGAGAAGUUUCGAUAUGAAGGAAGAGGGCGGUGCUCUGUUAGAUGAUCGGGGAAUAAGGAGACAUCAAUCUAUGCAAAGAUUACAACACGGGGAAGGCCAAGAUGAGAACCGUACUGCAAGAGUUGUGCCGGACCAUCAUGGGAAUCUUCACAUAACUGUUAAGAAGACCAAGCCCAUACUAGGCAUUGCGAUUGAAGGUGGCGCGAACACGAAACACCCACUGCCAAGAAUAAUUAAUAUUCACGAGCAUGGUUCAGCGUAUGAGGCUGGGGGGCUGGAAGUGGGUCAACUUAUAUUGGCGGUGGAUGGUCAGCGUGUUGAGGGCAUGCAGCAUCAAGAAGUGGCGCGUCUUAUUGCUGAGUCGUUUGCUCAGAGGGAUAAACCGGAAAUCGAAUUCCUAGUAGUAGAAGCAAAGAAGUCAAACUUAGAGCCGAAGCCAACAGCUCUAAUAUUUUUGGAGGCCUAACAUCUACUGUCCCUCCCCGCCAGCGACCCGCCGUCCGCGCUGGGCAACGCGACGUCUCGGGUCGACCUCACCGCACCCACCACGGAAUAGCCAACUCCAACCUGCGCUGUCACAUGCUCUUCUAAACGAUUCCGAUAUACGCCUGCGUUAACAGUCUCGUCGUUCCGUCAAAAACUGUAAAAUUUUAAAAAGAUCUUCUGAAUAUUUUUUUCCAUUCAGCGCUAGAUCUUAAAAAAAUCUCUAGAAUGGUCAGUGUCGAAACUUCAGAAGACAGCUAUGAGACUAUAGUUUUGAUAAAAACAAAAACCAAUCGGGACUGACGUCAGCAACAGAAAAGCAUCUCUUAGCUUAAUUGCUUACGCAAACACGACGGGCGCAAAUCGGUAAAACGUUUGCUCUAUAUUGAAAUGGUGUACGUUAAACGUUGCAACGGACUGUAAUGAGAAAACAAUUAAGCAGGUUUCCGAAGGCUAAAGUAAUGGCACAAGGGAGGCGAAAAUAAAUCCUAAACCUAAAUUACGAACGUUUUAAAAUUACUCAAAAAGCACAUUGCCCAACUUUGAAAUGUCCAUAACAUCUGGACAUCACGGGUAGAGAAAUUUUGGAAAUCCUUUUCUAUACUGUAACCAUUUUGCCAGUAUGGUGACUGAAUUUUAUAAUCUAAUUUUACUAAUCUACAUUUUAAAAUUAUCACUGUAUCAAAAGGUUAUUCGCAAGUUAGAAUUUGAAUCAUCUAAAUAGAAGUAGGGUUAUGAAGAGAUAGUUUCGCUAAUAGUUUGGCAUUGGUGCUAUGAGUAAUAGAUCAUCUUUUUAAAAUUUCGCUUCAAUCAUGCAACUUUUAGAGCUUUGUUUCGCGAGCAUUUCACGAAAGUAUCAUUAGAUAGACGUCAUCCAUGUGCCAUCAUUGCAUUCAUAGAUAAUACGCGGGUCAUCUCAUACCAGAUCGUUGUUUCGAUGGUAGGUUUUAGAUACAGUAUAGUUUGAGUUUACUGCGAAUGAAGUUAAAUUAUACGUAGAUUAGAUCUUUACGUUUUAUCUUCAUUGCAACUUUGAACAUCAUAUGAAGAAAAAUAUUAGGAAGGCUUUUGUACUCUUGCGUAAAGGUUUUCAGCUUCGUUCUAAAGUUCGAAUCUCGAUUUAACUCUCGUUCACAAUAAACUCGCACUAGGUCCUUAGCAUCAUCACGUCGCCAGUAGAGUUGAGCUUGCAGCAAGGCGCAAACUAAGCAAGUAUCAACAACGACAUUGGAAAUUCUCAGAAUGCGACUGACACUAUAUCCUCAAGCCUUAGGAAAUGUUGAUUUAUCUUUAUGUCCAGUUUGCUUAGAAGAAAAAGCGCCACAUAUUCCAAAUUGAAGCGGUGAGAUAAGGAGGUUAUGGCGGAGAGGGAUUAGCCCACUCAUUGUUUAAUGUAAACAUAGUAUAAUUGGUGUUUGCAAUAUAAUCGAUUUUGUGUUAGAUGUUAGAGACCCCGUAUCACUUUGAUGUCAAACCUGUAACCGAUAGAAUCAAAACGUGAUUAGUUGCUUUGCCAAAUUGCAACUUCCUAAUUUCAUGUGACACACAAUUUUUGUUGCAUGAAUUUUAUAAUUACGGCAACUGAAAUUGUAUGUUAUGAGUUCAUAAUCUGUAGGCCAUAGGAAAUUUUUAUUGUUUAUUUUUGCUCUGAACGACAACAAAGUCAUAGCAAGUCAUAUCAUUGGUUUUAUCUCUCAUUUCUUACGCACAUUAAGAGUUGACAUUAAUGAACUAAAAUAACCAAGACUUAGAAUAAAAUGUACUAAUUUAUUCAAAUAUCAAGUGUUAUGCCAACUUUUAAUAAUUAGAUCCUUCCUUAGGAUUUACUGAAAUGUAGUAAGAUCAUUCCAGGUAUUUUGAGUUUGCUUUUAGAGCGGUAAGCACAGAAGGCAUCUGUCUCAUUAGGUCCCAUAUGUCAUGCCUUACUGAACGGGAUUUCUAUAAGAUGAUUUUGUCGUCUUCUAUCUAUGGCCUACAGUUUAAAGUUGACGUCACAAGCUGCAGAAAAUAUAUAACCAAUCAUUGUCGUUGUCGCUGAAGCUUAUUCGAUGUACAUAAUCUGUAGAUAUUUCACUAGUAUUACACAAAUUAUAUUAUGUGUUUUAUUCAGUCAUUUAAAUCUUUAUCGGAACAGUUAAAAUGUAUAUAAUCAUUGGCGUACCAUUUUUCAGUAGUGCCUGGACUCUUAGUUGUCUUAGAAUUGGUAUCACUAUGCUGAUGGACCACGCGGCCACUCUAUAUACGCCUAUGUAUAUAACUCGGUGAUGUAAAUAUGUGUAAUAUAACUAUUCAGAUUAGUGCCAAAAGCCUAACCCUUCAUAUAUGUACAAAUCAAAUGCAGUUUAUCUACCGAUUAGGUCGCUAAUUCACGAGAUACGCUUUUUAAUAUAGGAUUUGAUAAUUAGGUUUAAUUAUAUACGGCAUAUGUUUUAUUUUAAUGGUUUGUAUAUGUCGCAGUCAACUAGAUUAAUUAGCAGCUCAAUUAACAGCCUAGCCUUUUAACUAAACGGCGCAGUUUAACUAGCGGCUUGAAAGAUAUUCAGCCGUAGCAUUUGUUACAACAUUUAAGAAACUGGCUGGCCAUUUGUACGAUAGAGACAUUCAUAUUAACAGUCAACUGACUAGGCAAGUAAUAAAACGUCAUCGGUUAAAGUCAUUUGUUUAGCUGUUUGAUCAACUGGCUGAACAUCUUUCAGGCCGGUAGUUAAACUGCGGUAAUUUAACGGCUAAUUAAGGCUGCGACAUACUAUAUAUGAAGUAUAUUCUCGUGGACGGUUUCUUCUACUUCUUAGCUAUAACAUUAAAAAUCCUUUGUAGAUUGUAAUAAAUUCUUUAUCAUUGUAAGUUUAUGAUCUCAAUGAAUGUAUCUAAACGUCAUAUUGUAUUUUGUUUAGGCGUAUACAGUAUAAAAUUUAACGGGUUUAAACUUCAUAAUAUUUGUUUCUUAAAUUGAUGUUUCGAAUCCCUGACGGCAGUCGUGAUUAUCAAGUUAAGAUAAUGUAUUAAAAUCGCGUUAAAACCCGUUAUUUUUAUUUAAAUAAACAUCUUUGCUUAAAGUAAAACUAACUAUAUAAAAUAAAUUUAUUUUUACAGAGAAUUUCUUUAUCUGGUAUAAUAAAUGUAAUGUAGAUUAAUUUAUCACUUGCGACUAUGUCAAUUCAUUUAACAAAGCAAUGUUUAAUUAGUACCUAUUUAAUAGGUUAAUUAUUAGCGAAAUGAUAUACGUACUUUAAAAAUUUAUGUUAAAAUUAUUCCUAUAAAAGUGCAGUUUAAGGUUUAAUAGACACGGGCAGUGAAAGACCAACAUCGUUAUUUUUUAUUAUUUAAGAAAAAAAAAACUAUUUAAUUACUGAUUACCUAUGUUUUAGUUGUAGAACGAAGCAUUACUUUUGGGAUAUUAUAAUUACUUAUCCUGACUUAAUAAAUGCAGACAUUAUACAAUUUAAAUUUCAAUACACUACGUACAGAAGGAAUCCUCAGUUCAUUUUAUUCAAAGGCGAAACUUACGAAACUAUAGUCAUAAUGAUGUUAUACUAACUUGCAUUAUGUUUGGUAUACAUAAAACCCUACGUCUAAAUUCGGUGCAAUUAUCGCACGUUUCUCGGCCCGUGUGGAUGAAGCAUAUACCAUGAUACUACCCGUCAAAGUCAAGACUUAACGCAAAGUUACUUCCUUAUGUCAAGGACAAUUGACAUACUCGCUAAGUCUCGACUCUGAAUCUUUCCCACGUCACUUGCACAAGAUAUUAUUAUAACGCUGCCUUAACCGUUGUGCUAGGUAUAUUGAUAUGACAAAUAAUUGUUUUUAAUAGAAAAUUAUUUAAUCUAAUUAUCGUACCUUAAAUGCAAAUACUAUCCAAUGAUUUUUCUAUUUAAUAUUUUCCAUUGCUAUAGCCCAGCAAAUUCCUAUCUAUUCUAUACCGUCCAUUUAUUUUUCCUUAGUUUGUUAUUUAUUGCGAAUAUUGUAAGGACCUCGAUGUGUUAGUAGGUCAAUAAAACCUUCAUGCUGGCAUUACGUUGAGAAGAUCUAUAUUGUAGUUUGUUGUUAAGUUUGCCGUUGAUAACAAAAUAUAUUGUUACCUAGAUA